AUGCCUCGUGCACGGCUACAAUUGAACGGGCCCAGCCCAUUUCGCCUGGUCUACGGUCAGCUACGGGCUCCCUCCAAUUUGCGAUUUUAUUCCGGACCGCCCAAGUCUACGAGCGAAGAUAUAGCUGCCCUUUUGGAUAAACCGACAUGGUCCGUUCGAUCCCUCAUACCUAGCAAUGAUGCCCUCGAAAAAACCCCCUCGGUCACUCCGGGAAAGCUUCGUCACCUGCUCCGGCUUUCCGCGCUCCCAGAGCCAGUUGACGAGGCAGAGGAAGCCGCGAUGCUGAAGACCCUCGAGUCGCAAAUUCACUUUGUACGAGAAAUACAACGCGUCGAUGCCAAAGACGUGCCGCCUUUACGUGCCAUUCGCGACGAGAGCCAGGAAGCUAUCGAAGAAAGCAGAAUCGGACUGAAACAAUUGGAAGCCGCCUUGGCUAAGGAAAAGGUGGUCGGCCGAAAUAACAAGAUACAACGUGUUGCAACCGAAAAUAAUACGACACCUGAUAGCGAUCAAUGGGAUGGAAACGCGUUAGGAGCAGCUACCAAAACCAUUGGGAAGUAUUUUGUGGUCCAAAAUCGCAAAUGA